AUGCACUAUCCUUCCAUCACACACCCAACCCAUCCCAACACCAUCCUUCCAUCACACCCCCAACACAUCCCAACACCAUCCCAACACCAUCCUUCCAUCACACCCCCAACCCAUUCCAACACCAUCCUUCCAUCACACCCCCAACCCAUCCCAACACCAUCCUUCCAUCACACCCCCAACCCAUCCCAACACCAUCCUUCCAUCACACCCCCAACCCAUUCCAACACCAUCCUUCCAUCACACCCCCAACCCAUUCCAACACCAUCCUUCCAUCACACCCCCAACCCAUCCCAACACCAUCCUUCCAUCACACCCCCAACCCAUCCCAACACCAUCCUUCCAUCACACCCCCAACCCAUUCCAACACCAUCCAUGCACCAUCCUUCCAUCACACCCCCAACCCAUCCCAACACCAUCCUUCCAUCACACCCCCAACCCAUCCCAACACCAUCCUUCCAUCACACCCCCAACCCAUCCCAACACCAUCCUUCCAUCACACCCCCAACCCAUUCCAACACCAUCCAUGCACCAUCCUUCCAUCACACCCCCAACCCAUCCCAACACCAUCCUUCCAUCACACCCCCAACCCAUCCCAACACCAUCCUUCCAUCACACCCCCAACCCAUCCCAACACCAUCCAUGCACUAUCCUUCCAUCACACACCCAACCCAUCCCAACACCAUCCUUCCAUCACACCCCCAACACAUCCCAACACCAUCCCAACACCAUCCUUCCAUCACACCCCCAACCCAUUCCAACACCAUCCUUCCAUCACACCCCCAACCCAUCCCAACACCAUCCUUCCAUCACACCCCCAACCCAUCCCAACACCAUCCUUCCAUCACACCCCCAACCCAUUCCAACACCAUCCAUGCACCAUCCUUCCAUCACACCCCCAACCCAUCCCAACACCAUCCUUCCAUCACACCCCCAACCCAUCCCAACACCAUUCUUCCAUCACACCCCCAACCCAUUCCAACACCAUCCUUCCAUCACACCCCCAACCCAUUCCAACACCAUCCUUCCAUCACACCCCCAACCCAUCCCAACACCAUCCUUCCAUCACACCCCCAACCCAUCCCAACACCAUCCUUCCAUCACACCCCCAACCCAUUCCAACACCAUCCAUGCACCAUCCUUCCAUCACACCCCCAACCCAUCCCAACACCAUCCUUCCAUCACACCCCCAACCCAUCCCAACACCAUCCUUCCAUCACACCCCCAACCCAUCCCAACACCAUCCUUCCAUCACACCCCCAACCCAUUCCAACACCAUCCAUGCACCAUCCUUCCAUCACACCCCCAACCCAUCCCAACACCAUCCUUCCAUCACACCCCCAACCCAUUCCAACACCAUCCUUCCAUCACACCCCCAACCCAUUCCAACACCAUCCUUCCAUCACACCCCCAACCCAUUCCAACACCAUCCAUACACCAUCCUUCCAUCACACCCCCAACCCAUCCCAACACCAUCCUUCCAUCCCCUCCCCAUCCUAA